AUGGCGCAAAAGCGACUUAUGCAGGAGCUGCAACCACUCCAGAAGGAGAAAUGGGUCAACAUUGAGACCGACGACUCAAACCUGUUGCGCUGGAAACUCGGACUCUGGGUCGUCAACCCCGACAGCAUCUGGCACGGAGCCUAUCUCAAGGCCGAGAUGAGAUUUCCCCACGAUUACCCUUAUCAGCCUCCCACCUUCAAGUUCUUAACCAAGAACAUCUGCCAUCCCAAUAUCUAUACCGACGGAAACCUCUGCAUUUCCAUCCUUCAUAAGCCAGGCGAGGAUGAGCAGUCAGGCGAACUAGCUAGCGAGCGUUGGAAUGUGCUACAUGGCGUCGAAUCCGUUCUCCGAUCAGUCCUACUCCUCCUUGACGACCCUGAGAUCAACUCUCCUGCAAACGUCGACGCGAGCGUCCUCUACCGCGACCACAAAACACAGUACAACAUGCUCGCGGAGGAUAUCGUGAACAAAUCCAAAAAAGACAUCCCUGCAGGCUCAAGAAUGCCCACACCAUCCGAACUUGCUGUCGUGCCACAGAAGCCGAUCGAUGAUGACGCCGAUUUCUGGAACAUGACCGACGAAGAAGCAGACUUUGGCGGUAGCGACAGCGACGAGGAUAUGGAGGAUUUUGACGAUGAUGACGAUGACGACGACGACGUUCGAGACCAACGUCAAGCUUCUUAG